AUGAUCGGUGGUGCCAUGACCUUCUACAUGGUCGCCUCGGCCCAAAACGCCAUGCUCAAGGGUGCGUCCCGCCCUCUUUCUAUUCGGACCAGCGCAUGUGUCUGCGCCGGAGAACAUGACGUGCAAAGCAUUCCUCGAAUACUCAUCGCCGUAUUGCAUUGUCCCAACACAGCCCCCGUCUACCGUGACGACCCCAAGAACCCCUUCAAGGCCGACCGAACGGCACACUAG